GUCUCCCCAGAGAGCUGUGAUGGCUUUGCUACAGGAAAGGUGAGGCUCUAUGUAACGUUCUGAAUGGGAUCACAUCUGGCCUCUCGUUUGGAGCUCCUACGGUGAUGUCUAGUUUGGUGUAUCCGGUCUUCCAUGUACAAUGCUCUCCGACCAUGAUGUGCACAUGGCCGUGGUUGGAUGUCAGGAUUCCGCCCAUUGUCUACUUACACCCACAGCCUGUACAGCCACAACACCUCCCACCAAACCAUACACGCCUCCGUGCCCUUGUCGAUCCCAUCGUUUUGUCCUCCCUCAGUCCACCAGCCCCAUCACAACCAUCAAUCCGGCACCAAUUCGAAUCAUCAACGACAUCAGCCAAGUCGCAGUCCACAGACUCAAUUCGGCCGUACUCCUGACAUCCGAAGAAGACACCAAAUCUACAUCACGGGACCCCCCGAUCAGAUUCACAAACGAUCAGCUCGUUUACCGUCAGCAGUUCGCAGUCCCCGCGCUAAGCCUCCGUGGACCCGACCCAUUGGACAGAGAGACAGCCACAGACCCAAACCCAAACCCAAUACCCAAUACCCAGCAUGGUGACUUUUUUUUCUUUCAUGACCUAAUUUUCCUAGACGCCACAUGAUCAUAGGGCGCGGUAGAUCGGCAGACAAUACCCUUGUCAUGUACAUGUGCUAUUAGUAGUACUCAGCAUGUAUGUACAGAAU